CGCGACAUUUGAUAUGUAAACUAGGGAUCGCAAGCAGAAGAUACGUAUUUAGGAGGCAGAAGAAGCUUGUCAAGGCCCCGUCAUGACACAAAUCAAGCCACUUGACCCGAAAAUCCCUCAGGAAGAAGUCGAUCGUCUGUUCAGAAAACUGAAGGACACGAGGCUGCCCGAGAUACCGAUUGUGCCUGAUGCAGGAGACGAUUAUGGACCAUCACUGGAGUGGAUCAACAAGUUGAAAACCCACUGGCAAGACAAAUUCUCCUGGCCUGAAGCGCAAAAGAAAAUAUCUGAAUGGCACCACUUUACUACCGAGAUCGAGGACCUGAGAGUCCACUUCAUUCACGAAAAGGCUAGGACGAGGCAGAACGAGGCAAUUCCCCUACUACUAGUGCAUGGCUGGCCAGGCACUUUCUACGAAUUUCAGAAUGUAAUGCACCCGCUGCUCGAUCCCAAUGAUCCCAAAGCGCCCGUAUUUGACCUGGUCGUACCUUCGCUACCCGGGUUCUGCUGGUCACAAGGCCCGCCACGAGGCUGGACUUUACAAGACACCGGACGUAUCUACGAUGUACUGAUGAAGCGUCUCGGAUACAAUUCUUACGCCGCACAAGCUGGCGACUGGGGACACUGGGUCGUUCGCGAGCUCGGAACCGGACGUUACGAUGCCUGCAAAGCAGUACAUACGAAUAUGUGCCCAGGAGCACCUCCAAAAGGAUAUAAGAUGAACGAGAAAGAGCAAGCAGCCAUGGACCGUGCGAAGUGGUGGAUGGGCGAGCAUUUGAACGAAGGUCAUAUGGGUUAUGCAAUCGAGAUGCGUACGCGACCCCAGACGAUUGGUGUAGCGUUCAACGACAACCCAGUUGGUAUUAUGAUGUUUAUCGGUGAGAAGUACGAGGAGUUGGCUGACCCGACUAUUGGGACUGCCACGCUGGAAAAAGACGACUACGUGGAUGAUGUAUGUACGACGCUGUCAUUGUACUUCUUUACGCCGCCGAGUAUCAUGACGAGCAUGCUGUGCUACUACAACAAUGUGCGACACGAGGUAUAUACAGAGUUCAAUGCGAAGGAGGAGAAUCUGAUCAGAGUGCCGCUGGGGGUCAGUACAUUCCCGCACGAUGCAUUUCCUGUGCCGAAGGCUGGUGUCGAGACAACUACGACGAACCUCAAAUUCUUCAAAGAAAGAGAGCAUGGCGGGCACUUUGCGUGUAUGGAGAUGCCUGAAGAGAUGGUCGCCGAUAUGCGCGAGUUCUUUGGCAAGUUUUACGAAUCCUAG